AUGGACGAGAAUGGAUCUCUCUAUGUCACUGACUUUGGAAAAGAUGAAGUGAGACGAUAUCGAAGAGGAGAAUCUCAAGGAACAGUGGUUGCAGGUGGCAAUGGACGUGGAAAUCGUCUCGAUCAACUCUCUUUCCCACAAUAUGUAUUCGUCGAUCGAGAUCAUUCAGUGUACGUGUCUGAAAGGGGAAAUGAUCGUGUGAUGAAAUGGGUGGAAGGUGCAAAACAAGGCAUUGUCGUGGCUGGUGGUCAAAGAGAAGGGAAUGGUCUUACACAAUUGUCAUAUCCUGAAGGAGUCGUUGUCGAUCAAUUGGGCACUGUCUAUGUGGCUGAUGAUGAGAAUGAUCGAAUCAUGCGUUGGCCCAAAGGAGCCACACAGGGAAGUGUCAUUGUUGGUGGAAACGGUAGAGGAGAACAAUCUAACCAACUCAAAGAACCCAUCGGUUUGUCAUUCGAUCGACACGGCAAUCUCUAUGUCGUUGAUUGGGGAAAUCAUCGAGUACAAAAAUUCAAUGUCGAUUCAACUGUAGAAAAAUUGAUCAGAGUUGCUCUUAAUGCAAUAUGGUUUUUUUUCUUGAGAACGCUAAAUAUAAUAAAGGAGUUCAUUUCGAUGAAAGAAUGA